ACAAAACAGACUGAAGUGAGCGACGACGACGAAGACGACGACGACCCCACAGAAAGAUAGAAAUUUAUCAAAAGAAAAAAAAAGUCUCAGCUGCAACCAAAGAAAGAAAAAAUUUGGUGACGAGAACGAGACAAAUACGCUGGAAAAUCUUUUGUAUUAAAGUUUGCCAAAGUGAAUCUCAGAAAAUUUUCAAAUCAAAAAAAUCACUCGAAUCAAGUCCAAUUCCGGUGUAAAGUUGUGUGUAAAAAAAGUUGGAAGUUCCCAAGGAAAACCAGUUACAUCAGUGAAAGGCCUUUAAAAGAAGUAAUCACGAUCCAUCAGCUACAGAUCAUCACUAUGGCAAAUAGACAGCCGAACAUGGAUGAACUUCCACCACCGAAAGCUGAUUUCAGUGCUCCGCCACCGUACGAGCUCUCAAGUUCAGAUCUGCAUGAAAUCCCCCAUAGCAAAUUACCCACAUACGAAGAAGUUCAAAUGGAGAAAUCCUUGAAUGGCGAGCUGCCACCUUCUCUGACCGCCCAUUUAGCAAUGCCACCACCUCCACCACCGCCACCACAUCACCAACUCACCCAAACCCGAACAACCAGUACCGGCACCCAGCCAGCUCUGACAUUCAUUGCAAUCGACACAUCCGAUGCCGAGAAUCUCACAAGUGAUCACAGUCUGCUGGGAACAGACAUAAUCUUUGUAGCAGCAUUCAUGGUAGCUUUCCUUUUCAAUUGGAUUGGAUUCUUGAUGCUAACUUGUUUUUGUCACACAAUUGCCGCCCGAUAUGGAGCGCUUUCGGGUUUUGGCCUUUCAUUGGCUAAAUGGACAUUGAUUGUAAAGCACUCCACCGAUCUCGCUUCACACGAAAACUCCUGGCUGUGGUGGUUAAUCAUGGCUUUUGGUUUUCUGAUUUGUGUUCGUGCUUUGGUCCAGUAUAUUAGCAUUAAACGCACCUGGCGAUUGCUGUCCGCUUCGGCGCAAGAGCGAUUAUUGUUUUUUUACUAAUCAUAAGGAAAAUUAGCGUAAUUAUUUUUUUUUAACCAUACAAUCGCUAUCGAUACAAAUAUAAACCUAUGAUUACUGUUAAACGAGUCACCACACAUUCAUGUGAGGAAGAAGAAAAUGAUGGAAAAUUUAAAAUACAAAAACGUGGACAUGGAAUUAAUUGCUGCGGCUCGAAUAAUUUUUUUAAAUUUUUUGGUUGCAGAUUCCAAGCGAAUUGAUUGAUAAAAAUUGAUGAUCUGAAUGUGAGAUCAUUAAUACUGCACUAAAUAUACAACCUCCCACACACAAAACAUAAAAACUAUGGUACACUAUUUUGAAACCCUGAGUUCUAUAAACAAACAAUGUCAAAAAUAAUGGUGCUCAUCACAGUGAAUUGAAAGAUUGCAUGCCCCCAGCCAGCAUUGUAAAUAACUUGAAUAAGAGAGACCAAACAAAGUAAACAAUACUCUCUCAGAGAAGCGGGACCGACAUUCGGGGACAGCAAGCGAAAGUUGAAUUAAAUUGGAAAACAUUGCUUGCAAAUGUGAUUUUUAGAUAAAAAUGUAUUCCAGGUUGUUGUCGUAGUGGUUAUAAAUGCAGUUUAGCAUACAUACAAUGUCUCAAUGUGCUUGCAAAAGCAAUUAAAAACAUUUUAAAAAACCAACACUUAUUAUAAAAAAAAGUUUAAGUUUCAGCGUGCUGGUACUUGUUUACUUUUUUUUCUUUUUUGUAAUUGUAAUAUAAAUGUACAAGAUUUACAUAUUAUUUUUAUGGACAAAUAUAUUAAGUAACUAAUUUGGUCGUAAUUAACAAGAA